CGUUACCUUUCCGGAUGCUGAGGAUUCUGUGCAGUUUUGAUGAGCCCGCCAAGGAACGACUGGCGCUCGGUGCGUAGCUCGUAGUACCAAAUGGUUCAAUUUUGUGUCGCGAAAGUAUUGUUUAUUGUUUAUUAGAGCGCGAUGCUCACAUAGCACACGUCGUUAUGUUGCCGAAGUUCGUGUCGUCCGGAUCGAAAAAUUGAAUCGGCACGCUGCAUAUCUACAGUGUAAACUCGAAUACUUAUACGUAGGAACGAAUCCCGCCCGCAGCACCAUGAAUUCUAAAUCGAAGGACGAAAUCCGAGAUAUAAUUCUCAAGGAUCUACAGAACAUCUACGAUCGUCGCAAACAGAUAUCGAAACGGCUCUCCGAGAACAUCGAGGAGAGUCUGUCCUAUCUACGGGAUCUCUUCAGCCAAUUGUCACAGCCGUCCUCUGGCCCGUUGGUUCCAAAGACGCCGAAGAUACUGCGGAAGAAGGCAGUCCAGCGUAUUGAGACCAUACACGAGGACAAGGUUUUUCAGCAGGAAAACAUUUCACCAGCUAGCUCCCUUCAAUCUAUCAAUGAAGAAGUGCAGAAGGAGGACGAGGCAGCAGGCAGUAGAACUAGCAAGAGGGGAGCAUCCAAGAGAGCAGCUGAUAAUAUUAAGAAACAGAGCUCUAUCCUGAAUGAUCCAGCGAAAAAGAUAAAGAGAGAGAGCCAGAAUAAAAGAAAGAAGUCUCCAGUAAGCAGUUCUGACGAAGAUAAUGAAAGGGUUUCUAAGUAUAGUAAAGUAGAAGAGAAUCCAAUGGAAGCGAAAGAACCUGUAAAAAAAAUGACAAGGAAGAAAUCUAAACAGAUUGCUCAGUCUGCAGUAUCCACUGAAACAGCUAAGCAGACCGAAAAGAUCGAGGAAAAGGAUAACUUUGAGUCACCGGUUCUAGGACAAUUUAGUACAGCGAAUUCUAAAAAAUCACAAAGUAAGGACGUGAAUAAAGUAGUUGACGAUGCGAUUGUAGCGCCCGGUACAGAUGAUGUCGAGGAACCGUCUAUGUACGAAGAUGCAAUCGGAAAGCCUGUUCCAAUUAUGAAUUCAACUCUAAAGAAUAGUCUUCUUAUGCUUCCUGAAAAAACAUUAAAUGCGACAGUGAUAUUGGAACGUAUACCGCAGCGAUCGAAAUUAAACGAAACAGUAGUUAUCCAGAAAACGGCAAAUGCAAAAAAUAGUACGAAGUUAAAAGAAGUAGAAAAUAGUAAGAAAACACUGCAAAACGAUACGCAAUCACACCAAGCACCUGCACAAUAUAAUGAUUGUAAUGGAUUAAUUACAGACGAUGAAUCGUCGCCUGAAGUAAAAAAACCGAAGAAACAACUGGGUAGGAAACAACUUAAUAAGAAACAAACAAAAGGUGCAUUAUCCAUGUCUAGUGAGGAUGAGAUACCUAAUACGCCAAUAAAAACGCGCAAAAUUGUACAAGAAAGCAAAACUACAUACAAAUCGAAUGCGUUAUUUAGUCCUUAUGCAAAAGAAUCUGUAAAGAAGCGGGUUGAAGCGUUUGAACAAGCAGUUGCACAUAGCCCGAAAUCGGUCGAUGUCGACGCUCCACUCAGAAUGACUAGAACAAAAACUCGUGCAAUGGUCAAUGCGGAAGUGGAAACGGAAAUGAAAAACGGAGAGAAAAACGUCGCACAAAUAUUAGCUCGUAAAUCGCUCGCGAAAGCUAAGAAGAUUUCGUUAGCAAAACAACAGAAGGACAAUGAUGAAUUUAAAGAGGUAAAAGAAUCUGUGAACAAAGAUCAGUUGCCAGAACGAAUUAAUAAAUUACUUAUGACCCAAACUGACAAACCAAAUAUAAAGCAAUUGUCACAGUUAAAAACAACACCUUUAAGUAAAUUAAAAUUGAUGCAACCGACACUAUCCGUGACUCGUCUUCAGACCCCUUCAAACAUGCAAAAUCUUUCCAACUAUUCGAAAACUUUAACCGCCUCUCGUGCAAAUAUCGUUACUAAUGUGGAGUCUUUUAUUUACCAUCAACCUCCAAAAAGUAUAACUAAAACCAAUUCAGUGGAAAAGCUGGAGGAAAAGAAGCGAUACGAGGAGGACGCGAGAAAGAAGAGAGAGGAAACCUUGAGAUUACAGACGGAGGAGAAGAGAAGGAAGCGGCAAGAGAAAGAGUUGAAGAACAAAUUAGCAAGAGAGGCUAAAGUAAAACAAGAGUUAGAGAAACGACAGAAAGCCGAAAAAGAAAAAGAAGAAAAGGCAAAGUUGGCUCUCUUGAUGCAAGAAAAACAACGUGAAGAGUUGGAGAAAAAACGUUUCGCUUUAUUGCAACGAGCGCAAGAGAAAGAAGAGCGCCGUAAAUUGGAGGAACAACAGAGAAUGCAGAGAGUACAGGAACAAGAGGAGGCGGAACGUUUGCUUGCCGAACAAAGACGUCGGGAGCAAGAAGCCGAGAGACGCAAGGAAGCAGAAGCGAGGGCCCAACAAGCCGAGACAUUGAAACAGAAAAAUCAAUUACUCGCUGCAGCUAAAUAUAAGCAACAAGCCAAUAAUAAGAAUCAUGGUGCUACGAAUUACGUGUUAGAUAGUGAACCUGAUGAUGACGAAUCAGAUGAUGAAAACAGACCAAAACACGAGAUACCGCUUUGGGCGCAAGCGCACGUCCGCAAACCGCAACUUGCCAUGCAACAACAUAUCCCCCAGACAAUAAUUUACAAAUUCUUCAAUACUCGUAAGUGCACGGUAGAUUUGACUGAAUUAUUCCAUGGUAUAGACAGAAGUCGACUGAAGCGUACGUCCAGUGCAAUCUGGAAAACCCCGCCGCGUAUUUCCAUGAUGGAAACCGAGUUUAUUCAACCAAAAUUGCUAUGAAAUUAAAAUCACAAUUAAAAAUAUUUAAAUGUGGACAUGAUUAGACAAUAAAUAUGAUAUUGUAUAUAGGCUAGUUUCACAAUCUCCAGUUAACUUUUUUUAUCGCAUUUGUCGUAAAUUUGACUAGAAAUAACCAUUUACGGUUAACACUUAACCAGUUGGUUGAAUUAACUAGAAAUUGUGAAACUGGUUCUAUGUAUGCGUUAUUAUCCGAUAAUGAAAUGCUAUUAACUUAAGGCAAAUCGGUUUAACUUGAAAAAAAUAAAGGCCCAUUGUUCAUUGUUAUAUUCCAAUGUUCAUAAAGUGACAAUGUAUGUAGCAUCUUUACAAUUUGAAAAUACUUAAUUUUUCUUAUUAUUUAUAUGAAUCAUUAUUGGCUGAAGAAAAAUUAGAACCUAUAUGUAAUUAAAUGUUCGAUUUAGUUAGUAAAUGAUUAAAUCGAAAAAUAAUUGUUAUAUGAAUAUGAGUUUUACUAAUUCGAAUAAUCUAAAUUAAUAUUUCGAUCUAUAUAAUACGUAAAAUAUUUUUACUAUUUUAAUAACGUUUUCAAGAAAGUUUUAAAAUAUUCAAUUCUCAUCAGAGAAUCAACGUUACAAUAGAUUCGAUAUUGCAGAAGUGCCUUUGAUCCAUUCCGUGGCAGGGGAGGGCAGUGGUUUCAUUGCUCUUCUUAAAUGUACCUUUUUACUGUAAUUACAAAUAUUUUUAAUUUUAAAUUAUGAAUAUUGGACAAAAAUUCCAUGUAAUAGCCUCGAUAACUUGAAAUAAAAAUGAAAUCCAUACGUAA